GAGCCGCUGGGGGACAAGGCGGUCCCAGCGUCUCCGUCCCAUGUAAGUUCUGCGAUGUCUAGAAAGAAAAAUCCAUUAUUGUUCUUCAAUUCCUUAUUGUUUGAUUUUUUAAGCUGCCAUAGAGGCUAUCGGUGUACGUCUUCCAAGAUCCGGGAGUAUGGGUGGAGGAGUCGCUGGGCGGCGUCCAGGAUUCGGGACCGUGGGAAGGGGAACUCGCUGGGAUCUGAACAUUCCGGUUUAUCAUUACGAUGUUGCGAUGGAGAAGGAACAUGAGGAGACUUUCAACUUACGGCUGAUCGAGGCAUUGCAAGCCCAGUAUCGCGGUGUAUUCACCAGAGCAGCUGUUUAUGAUGGCCAGAAGAAUUUGUAUACUCGCUACAAGCUAGAUUUUGGUGCCGGGAAUUCUCGCCAGUUCAACGUGACUAUGGUUGAAGGGACUCGAGCAUCUAAUUUCGAGGUUACCAUUACAGAAAAACAUGGGGAAAGUGAGAUGAACGAACGUAAUCAGAACUGAGGAAGUAAAUAAACAAAGGCUCGUAGAUACCAUUGGGAUAUCGCACGGAUACCAUACAUACCGAAAUAUUUUAAUCCUCUCACCACUUUGA